CGUGAGGCUCCGCGCGCAGUGGCGCUCAGACCCGCACGGCGACCGAACGCCAUGCCGAUGCCGCGCUAACCUGUGCUAGUGACAAGCUGUCAAGUGUCAACAUGUGGCUCUAUGGAACGUGUGUCCUCGCCAGCGUCCUGCUGGCGACCGUGCGCUCGCAGAGCACCGAAGGGAGCAUCGAGUUCGCCCCCUUAGUGACAGCUACCUGCAAGACGGGCGUAAUGUCCGUCAAGAUUAACUUCAACCAGCCGUUCUACGGGGUUGCUCAUGCGCGAGAAUUCAGAACACCAGCAUGCAUGGCACAAGGCAACGGUUCAGAGUCCAUGAGCUUCGACGUCAGCCUGAUGGCGGCACAGGGCUCGCCGGAUUACUGCGGAGUAUUCUGGAACAACCGCACAGACGAGCGGUCCCUGCCGUUCGCAGUGCGCGUGCAUCGCACCCUAGAGCUGGCUGACGACAAGUUCUACGUCAUCACAUGCGGGAAGGCGGGCUUAUUCAGGAAUGCUAGAAACGAAACCUCACGAGUGUCCCUACGAAUGUUGAACGAAAAUGGCAAAAAGAUUAUGACCGCCGCUUUCAAUAUGCCCUACACGCUGCGAGCGGAGAUGAGCAAGCCUGACGGUGCUCAUGGCAUCAAGAUGAAGAGUUGUUUCGCGUUCAACAUGAAGAACAACACAGUGGACUUGCUGGAUAAGCGAGGGUGUCCGAUAAAACAGCAGUCAGUGGUGGUGCGGCCGGCGAGCGGCGCGGCCGAGCUCUUCAUACCCGCCAUGUUCCGCUUCCCCGACUCCUCGCAGAUCAACUUCCAGUGCGACAUCUCUAUCUGCAAAGGAAGUUGCCCGGUGCAGGACUGCAACGUGGACGAUGGCGUUGGCGUAGUCGGUGAAGAAGAAACCACCUUCACCGCCUCCACGGGGGUCUUCAUACUGGACCCCAAUGAUAGUGCAGUGGCAGAGCUGAGCUGCUCCGACGGCAGCAUCCACCCGCCGUGGCUGCUGUACCUGGCCAUCGCACUCGGAGUCAUGUUCCUAGUGAUGCUGCUCAUCAACUGCUUCCUGUGUACAGCCAUGACGUGCUCCUGCGCCAGGACUGACGUGAUCGAGAAGGACCCGUCAGUGGUGGAAGACUACGACCCGUACCGCAGCUGGCACGGCAGCCAGUACGGCAGCAGGUACCCCUCGUCCACCAUACACUCCGCGAGGUCUGUCUCGGACAACAGUGACCACUACGCGAUAGUGCAAUCCCGGCCCGGCAGCCGGCACUCCGGCAUGCAUCGGAAUAGGCAUUAAAAGAAUCUAUACGAAAAUCUCGAGUGGAACGUAGCAAGUUGGUGAAGAAACUAAAGAUACAAAAGAUGUAAAAUAAUUGGAUUUUUAGGGAACCAUUUCUUAAUUCAUAGAAAAAUGUUAAACAUUAAACAUAAGUUAAAUCCACUUCUUGAUGCUAACUUGACUCACGCUAGAACUGUCCGGUACCAGGCCGAGGCGUCUGAUAUUUCAGUUUUCAAUAUAAAUCAUCACGCGAUCACCGAUCACCCGUCAUAGAAUAAAUUAAUAGUUUAAAAAACACUAGAAAAACACGCUUUUAUAAAUGUACGUAGAAAGUUCAUUACGUGACCUUUCUCACAAGUGCAAACACGACUAUGAUACGAUAUUCCAUCACGGAAUGCCAGUGCCUAUCUUCCGGCUUCAUCAUCAAACCUUGAAACCUAAUCGUGGUCAAAGUUCAUUACAAGACUUUUCUAACAAAUCCAAACACAGCUAUGAUACGAUGUUCCACCAUGAAGUUCCAGUUCAUAUCUUCCGGCUCCAUCAUUAGAUCAGUUCGACAAUACCAUAUUAUUUUACUGUCACCAGAACUACGUACAGCUGCCAAUUUUCAUGAAGCUACGAUCCUUGGAAGAUGGUUAAAUUAGUUACCUUAGAUUCCAUUACAUAGUUAGUUACAUACAGGUCGACCUAAUUAGAAGCGUGUUAAAAAGAGUCGGACGCCUCGGCCAAAUUUCCGAUUGUGGUGAAGAUACGAUUAUGAAUCAUUAAUAACAAGGUUAAAAAUACGAGUGGUGCUUUGAAUAAUAUUCACAAAUUUUAACAUAACAGUAUGUAGUCUGUAACGUUACCUAAGCUAGAACAUUAAGGUACUUCUGUAUGUUCAAAUGAAUUUAUCUUGUGCCAUUUUGUUUCCACGUACCUUAAAGAACAUAACGAUAUUUGGUACAUUAUUAUGACCGCAAUAAUUCGAAUUUAAUACGCAAUUUGAUACAACGAAUCCGUCCAAAAUUAUCUCAUAGUUAAAAUAAAGUAAUGCAGUACGGUUGUACUUAGAAUAAGUUAUAGAUUGUUAUACCAGUAUAGAUAAUAAAUGUAAUUAUUAGAAUUAAUCUAGUAUAAAGACGCGCGCCUAUGUGUAUAGGCGUGGGUUAAAACUGUACCACAUCAUACACUGUGAAUUAUAGUGUUAAUUUACACGAGUAGUUAGUACUUCCUCAGCUGCCUAGGAUAUUUAAUGUGUCGUAUUGCCUGUCAUAGAAUGUGUAACUAAAUAUGUAGUAAGAGUGAGUGAUAUUAGCUAUAUGACAUCUCUUCCUGAUUCUGUGACUUAUAAUUUCAAAAACUUACCUGUAAGUGUUUGCAGUAGCGUCCUUAAGGGGUGGCGAGCAGGGCAGCGGCCCGGCCCGGGGCCUCGCAUCAACCCGGUCACAUGUUCAUAAGGGCCGCCCGGGGCCUCGCAUCAACCGGUCACAUGUUCACAAGGGCCGCCCGGGGCCUCGCAUCAACCGGUCACAUGUUCACAAGGGCCGCCCGGGGCCUCGCAUCAACCGGUCACAUGUUCACAAGGGCCGCCCAGGGCCUCGAGGUUAAGGCCGCUACUGAAUGUUUGUAAACUUUUGAAUUGUUUACUUUUGCCAAGACUUAAGCAUAUGCAUUUGUCUUGGCAAGUUUUAAUGUCUAGACGGCUAGAGUGAUUAAAAAUUAGACUUCUCUGUAGUAGACUAAGUUUGGCGCCUCCUAAAUUCGUACAAGGACCUUUUAUUUGUGAAUAUUUAUGUGAAACUAGACCUUUAUGUUAUGAUUUUAUGAGUUACGCAAUUCGAAAGAGACUUGAACAAUGAAUAGCGAUGUGCUCAAUCCGUCUUCCUCGAGUAAAUGAAACUUUAAUGAAUAAUGAAUUAUGAUUGAAUCUCGUUUAAUGUGUGCUAUGUGUUCGUGUUAAACCAAGAGAGAGUGACAAUAAAAUUCUUAACACUG